AUGGACAACGCGCACACAAAGACGGUUGAAGAAGUUUACAGCUUUUUUAACGUGAACGAGAGCACUGGCCUGAGCUCGGAGCAAAUCAAGAAACAACGGGAGCGUUACGGACCCAACGAGUUGCCAGCAGAGGAGGGCAAGUCCCUCUGGGCGCUCGUUGUUGAACAGUUUGAAGAUCUCCUAGUAAGGAUCCUGUUACUGGCUGCCUGCAUAUCCUUUGUUUUGGCCUGGUUUGAAGAGGGGGAAGAAACAGUAACUGCCUUUGUGGAGCCUUUUGUGAUCCUACUUAUUCUCAUAGCCAACGCUGUUGUAGGGGUCUGGCAGGAGCGAAAUGCAGAAAAUGCAAUUGAAGCCCUUAAGGAAUAUGAGCCAGAAAUGGGAAAGGUCUACCGUCAGGAUAGGAAGAGUGUCCAGCGAAUCAAGGCCAGGGAUAUUGUACCCGGAGACAUUGUGGAGGUUGCGGUUGGUGAUAAAGUACCUGCAGACAUCAGGCUGACAUGCAUCAAGUCAACCACAUUGAGAGUCGACCAGUCAAUUCUAACAGGAGAAUCUGUGUCUGUUAUCAAACACACUGACCCAGUGCCAGACCCCCGUGCAGUCAACCAAGACAAGAAGAACAUGCUCUUUUCUGGCACUAACAUUGCAGCUGGUAAGGCUGUCGGUGUGGUCGUUGCUACAGGUGGAAACACUGAGAUUGGUAAAAUUCGUGACGAAAUGGCUGCAACGGAGCAAGAACGCACGCCAUUGCAGCAAAAGUUGGAUGAAUUUGGACAGCAGCUAUCUAAAGUUAUUUCACUGAUCUGCAUUGCUGUGUGGAUCAUCAACAUUGGACAUUUCAAUGAUCCUGUCCAUGGGGGUUCUUGGAUCCGUGGGGCUGUUUACUAUUUCAAGAUUGCUGUGGCUCUAGCAGUGGCAGCGAUACCUGAAGGCCUGCCUGCCGUCAUCACCACUUGUCUGGCUUUAGGAACACGACGCAUGGCCAAGAAGAAUGCCAUUGUCCGCAGUUUACCCUCUGUGGAGACCCUUGGUUGUACAUCUGUCAUCUGCUCUGACAAGACUGGCACACUGACGACCAAUCAGAUGUCUGUAUGCAGGAUGUUUAUCAUUGACCAAGCUGAUAAUGGUCAUUGUUCCUUAAAGGAAUUCAGUGUUACUGGCUCUACAUAUGCUCCAGAUGGAGAAGUGUACCAUGAUGGCAAGAAAGUAAAAUGUUCCAAAUAUGAUGCUUUAGUGGAGCUGGCCUCUAUUUGUGCUCUCUGUAAUGAUUCCUCAUUAGACUACAAUGAGACCAAAGGUGUGUAUGAGAAAGUGGGUGAGGCUACUGAGACGGCUCUCACAUGCCUGGUGGAGAAGAUGAAUGUGUUUGACACAGAUGUUAAAGGCCUUUCCAAGAUUGAGAGGGCAAAUGCCUGCAAUUCAGUUAUCAAGCAGCUAAUGAAGAAGGAGUUCACAUUAGAAUUCUCCAGAGACAGAAAGUCCAUGUCUGUGUACUGCACCCCCAACAAAAUUCGAUCAUCUGCAGGCAAAAUGUUUGUUAAGGGUGCCCCAGAAGGAGUGAUUGACAGGUGCACGCACGUUCGUGUAGGUGGCAAUAAGGUGCCCAUGACCCCCGGCAUCAAGGAAAAACUCAUGGCUGUGAUCAGAGAGUAUGGAACUGGCCGGGACACCUUGCGCUGUCUUGCUCUCGCUACGCGGGAUGAACCCUUGAACAAGGAGGACCUAGUGUUAGAGGACUCCACCCGAUUUAUAGACUAUGAAACUGACCUGACCUUCGUGGGCUGUGUCGGCAUGCUAGACCCUCCCCGUGCAGAAGUGGCAGCUUCCAUUCGACUCUGUCGUCUUGCAGGCAUCAGAGUAAUUAUGAUCACUGGAGACAACAAAGGUACAGCAGUUGCAAUUUGCAGACGCAUUGGCAUUUUUGGAGAAGACGACGACGUCGGCAGCAUGGCGUUCACGGGCCGAGAGUUUGACGAUUUGAGCCCUUUUGCGCAACGAGAAGCCGUGGUUAAGGCUCGCUGCUUUGCCCGCGUGGAGCCGUCCCACAAGUCCAAGAUUGUCGAGUAUCUGCAGUCCUAUGAUGAGAUUACAGCUAUGACUGGUGAUGGAGUGAAUGAUGCCCCUGCUCUUAAGAAGGCAGAGAUUGGAAUUGCCAUGGGUUCUGGCACAGCAGUUGCAAAGACAGCCUCUGAGAUGGUGCUUGCUGAUGACAACUUUGCCACUAUUGUGGCUGCAGUUGAAGAAGGCCGAGCCAUUUACAACAACAUGAAACAGUUCAUCAGAUACCUAAUCUCCUCUAAUGUGGGCGAAGUUGUCUGCAUCUUCCUGACGGCUGCCCUCGGCUUCCCUGAAGCUCUUAUUCCAGUUCAGCUGCUCUGGGUCAACUUGGUGACUGACGGUUUGCCGGCCACCGCACUGGGCUUCAACCCGCCAGACUUGGACAUCAUGAAUAAGCCUCCCCGCAAUGCUCGUGAGCCUCUCAUCUCAGGGUGGCUCUUCUUCAGAUACCUAGCAAUUGGAUGCUAUGUAGGCGCUGCAACUGUGGGUGCUGCUGCCUGGUGGUUUGUUGCUGCCGAAGAUGGACCAAGGAUCACAUUUUACCAGCUGAGCCACUUCCUGCAGUGUGGUCCAGAAAACACACACUUCGAGAAUAUUGACUGUAAGGUGUUUGAGUCUCCUUAUCCAAUGACCAUGGCCUUGUCAGUGUUGGUCACCAUUGAGAUGUGCAAUGCUCUGAAUAGUGUAUCUGAGAACCAGUCUUUGCUGCGUAUGCCGCCCUGGGAGAACGUGUGGCUGCUGGGAGCAAUCUGUCUAUCUAUGUCCCUCCACUUCCUCAUCCUGUAUGUGGAGCCUCUUCCGAUCAUCUUCCAGAUCACACCUCUAAAUCUGACCCAGUGGUUGGUGGUGCUCAAGAUCUCGCUGCCGGUCAUUUUAUUGGACGAGGUUCUAAAAUUUGCAGCUAGGAACUACCUGGAGCCGGGUAAAGAGCUGGAGAAGGCCACCAGCUCGGAAGGCUGUUACCUGGCUGCAUGCAUGGAAGGCAUCUCCUGGCCCUUUGUGGCCCUCACCCUACCCCUAGUCCUCUGGAUCUACAGCACCGACACUAACAUGGCCGACAUGUUAUGUUGCUGA